UCUACAAUUGUAUGUAGGUCCCAAUGGUGCCCACAUCUACAUGACUGUAGAGACUUCAUAUUGGGGAUACCGUAUAGCGGGUUAUUUUUAUAAUUACUAAUUACUUGUAUGGUGGAAAUGUUUGUAUUUAGAGCAUUAAUUCAAAAAUUAAAAGUGCAAAAUAAUAAUUAUGCGCAAUAGGUUAUACGUCACUAUUCUGAGCUGUAUGAAUAUAAUUGAGUAGUUCAUGAAUACAAAAAUUCAAUUGGGGCGUGUCCAGACUAACAGUACUGAAUUUGAAACUACAAAUGCUUUUUAAAUGGCAACAUGGCAACAUCAGAUGACUAUCUCCCAGAAGCGGACGACUUUACAAAGGUUGAAUUGCUUUCAUCUGAAGAGUCCAAGUGUCUGUCCUCGAGCAAUGGUAAUGUCCAAUGGGAAGUAGCCUACAAAUCCCAUAAAUUACAUCUUAGCUUGCUUAGUGGAGCUACAUCUGCCGAAGUACGCUAUUUUGUCUAUGUGGAUGGUGGAAAAAAAGAAUCUGGAUUGGCUGUGAUACAAAAGGGUCAAUCUUUUGACCUUAAAAUGGUUACACCUAGGCAUUAUAUGACAACUUUCGUCGAGUUAUGCAUCUUACGUCUGAAUCCUGUAUUUAAAAUACCCCAAGAGUCAACUCUCUCUGCUGCGUUAUCUUCAACACUGGAGGCUGAUGAAGGUCUGAAUGAUGUCAUGCUGUACUUUGGCCCUGGGAAAGAGCUUGUACAGGCAAGCAAGUUCAUGCUUAUGGCUCGAUCGCCCGUUUUUAAGAAAAUGUUUGAAACUGGUAUGAAAGAAGCCGAAUCAAAUGAGGUAACAAUCGAUGACAUCACUCUUGCAGUUGGGAGGGAAAUGAUCACGUACCUCUACACAGAUGAGGCACCAAACAUUGAUAGCAUGGUAGAAGAAUUAUGGUUUGCAGCUGAAAAGUAUGAGCUACCUGGUCUGAAAGCACGCUGUGAGAAUGAAAUUGCUAAACAACUCAAGAUUGACACUGCUGCACAUUUUCUGCUUUUUGCCGGUCGUGACUGUGGUGACGGUGGGAUCAAGAUGAAGGAGCAUGUCCUGUCCUUCAUCACUCAAGACAAAGACACAUGCUCGAGAGUGAUGAAGUCUGAAGGAUGGAAGGAAGUGAAGAAAAUUCUUCAUCUAGUGAAUGCUGUGAGCGACCUGUAUUUUGGUGUCACGUUGAACCAGCAGCAAGAAUGUUAAUUUACUUGUAUAUGAACCAGAACCUUGUCUAUGCUUACUUUAGUAGUAUUAAUUUGUUUUGUUUGAAUAUCUUAAUUACGUGAUGUGUGUUACACGUGAUGUGAUGUAAUUAAGAAGACCAUCUUAUGUGUGUAUAAUUAUACAAGAGGUGGUAUUUGUUGGAAAGGUUUUAAUUUCCAAGCAUGUGUAUACUCGAGGAGUCAACUCCUGCUGCAAAUGACUCUUGGAGCUUUAAUUGUAACUGCUUCUUAGAUUUACCAAAUUGCCCAAAUCGAUUUGUUACCAAAUUUACCCGCUCUACGGUACCAUCAUUUAUCACUAGAGUGUUUUGCGAUCAUCGAACAUAAUUAUGUGAACUUUGUGAGCACAACUGUUUAUAUUCCAGGGACUAAAUUUUCGAGGAUUGACCUCGAACCUAAAGGAUUUAGUGUCUCGAAGAGUAGUUUACUUCCGAUACUCUCUACUAUGGGGGUGUGGUCUCUACUAUGGGGGUGUGGUCAUUUGAAUUGCUAUUCAUGUAAAUAAAAUCUACAAAAUGUUUAGUUUGAGCAAUCUGCAAAAAUUUGAUGCCUUAAAAGUACCCGCUGUAUGUUAUAGAUCUAGA